UUCAUAACCUUCCUCCACAAUUUUAAUAUUGACUGCAGUUGCACCGACUUGUUUUUAAUUAAAUUAAAAACCUGUUCUGAAUACUGUGGAAAAUACGUAUAGAUUUCAAGGUCUAAUUGUAAUUAUAAUACCGCAAAUCUUUUGCUACCUUGAAGCCGCAAUAAUACGCAGAAAAUGGCAGGAAUAAAUGGAAGAGCGCUGCAUUAUGUAUUCAAAGAUCCAAAUCGAAAACUGUCAACAUUUUUCUACAAAAAUGUGUUGGGAAUGAAGAUAUUAAGACACGAAGAAUUCUCAGAGGGGUGCGAGGCGGCCUGCAACGGCCCGUAUGCGAAUCGUUGGAGCAAAUCUAUGAUUGGGUAUGGUCCUGAGGAUAAACAUUUUGUUGUCGAAUUGACUUAUAACUACCCAAUUAAGUCGUACAAGAAGGGCAACGAUUUUAUUGGAAUCACUAUUAAGAGUAAAGAGGUACUUGAACGAGCGAAGGCUGCCAAUUGGCCGAUUCUGGCAGGAAACGUACUUGAAGCUCCCGGGGGAUAUAAAUUCUUUAUUAAAGAUGAGCCACAACCGUCCGACAGAGAUCCAAUUGAAAAGGUAACCAUAGCAUGCUCGAGUUUGGCCAAGUCCUUAGAUUACUGGAACGGAAUUUUGGGUUUGACCGUUUUCGAGAAGUCGGAGAAGUCGGCUACAGUCGGCUUUAAAGCUAACGAAGCUAAACUAGAACUACACGAGAUAGACGAACCUAUCGAUCGUGCAGAGGCAUACGGCCGUAUUGCAUUCUCUUGUCCUUUCGAACAACAACUUUUAGUCGAUGAAAAAAUCAGAAAGUCGAACAACAAAAUUUUAACUCCUCUGCUCUACUUGGAUACGCCGGGGAAAAAAACCGUUCGCGUUAUCAUCUUGGCUGAUCCAAACGAUCACGAAAUAUGUUUCGUCGAAGAUGAGGGAUUUAGAGAGUUAUCUCAGGUGGAUGAAGGAUCUGAUGCACUUCUUGAAAGGUACCUUGCAAAGGAUAAUCAAUAAAACACUUACCUACCUACAUAAGAGGAUCUACGCAAAGGUGGUGGUUUAUUAAUACAUGUUGGCUUAUUUUAUAUCUAUAUAAUGCAUAUAAUAAACACCUAAUAUUAUUUUGUUAUACCUUACUGUAGUAGAAUAAAGGCCUUAAUUUUGGA